AAUUGCGAUGAAGGAAAACUACAUUCUUUCCUUCGGUGCGCCAGCAUAUAUGUCACACACAAACGAGAGUCACGUAACGGCUCAAAAAUUGUUAUGAUCCUGCAUCGGUGUGCAUUAUCCUGAGUGAUCGUUUACGACGCGGCAUUAGCAUUCCGUAAAUGCUAAUGCCCAGCACUCUUUCCGGAAUAGAAAUUUCCAGGAUCGGCUGAAUCCUUAUUCUGCAGUUCACUUUGUUUAUAAUGCACAGAAAAUGCUGGGUAAACAGGGCAGCUACACGCAAGUCCGCUCCCGAACGGUAUUCCGGCCUAUUCGCUAUAUUUUAGGGUUUAUCAUUUUGUUAUCGGUGACAGAUAUUUUCGUCACGGUUCUCACCGGUCGGUCGCGCGUCUUUCUGUUUUUCCCCACCAUAUCCUUGACCAGCAUCCACUAUUCUUUCUUACGGCCUCGUAUUGCUUCCUGCAAUGAAUCAGGAUGUUGGCAGCAUUCCACUUUUAAUGCCGACGAUAUAUUCCCCGUCUUCCUGCCUAAAUGCUAUCCGGACGGUCUACUGGGGAAGAUUAAUCCCGAUAAGAGGAAUGCCACGGAGACUGUGCUGAAUAUGACGGCGUCGCAACUGGAUCCAACCGGAAGCUGGAAACCGAGUGACUGCCAAGCCAAAGAAAAACUUGCUGUGAUAAUACCGUUUCGUGAUCGAGCAGAGCAUUUAAAAAUAUUUUUGGUGAAUUAUCAUCCAAUUUUCCAAAGGCAGCAGCUAGACUACACAGUUUUUGUUGUGGAGCAAAAUGGAACAACGACUUUUAAUAAAGGCGUGUUAUUGAAUGCGGGAUUCCUGGAAGCACAAAAAGCUGGAAGGUAUACAUGCUUCAUAUUCCAUGACGUGGACUUGUUACCGGAACAAGACAAUAACAUGUACCACUGUUCCGCGCAACCACGGCAUCUCAGCGUGGCGGUGGAUAAAUUCAAUUACACUCUGCCAUACAAACAGCUGAUCGGCGGAGCAUCAGCUUUCACUGUCGAACAGUAUACUAAAGUCAACGGCUAUUCGAAUUCUUAUUGGGGAUGGGGCGGAGAAGAUGAUGAUCUCAUGAAACGGGUGGAAUUAAGUGAUUAUGAAAUCAACCGACCAGCAGCGGAAUCUGCUCGUUAUACAAUGAUCAAGCACGAACACGACGCUCGUAAUCCGGAAAACCCGAUGGCCACGAAACUACUCGAAGUAACGCACAAAAGAAUGCUGAAAGACGGACUGAACAAUGUGGAGUACCGCCUUCUGGAUUUGCAGCAGCGCCAUCUUUACACCUGGUUGCUCGUUGAUGUUGGGGAGAACCGCAUGAAAAAUAUUACACUGUAAUACGCUGUACCCGAGACAGCGCGCGACAUUUUUAGAACUGAUAUAAUUCUAGGGUCGGUCUUUCGAAUUCAAGACGUUUUCCUGUACAACACUCUGGCACUGAACGCCGGCGAAAUUUACCGCGAAUAACUUCAAAUGGAUGAAACCUGCAACACUGAUGCAGUAUCAGCCAUCAACCAACAAAAUUAAAAUUCUAGAAACAAAUUGUGUGGUUUUUGUUAAUUAAGAAUAUCUAAUGCUUUCCUCCCAAAAGCCGGGCGUGCGUGCGUCAAAGAGAUGCCUUAAAACAGCUAAAUAUAACUGAGAAACUGAACUGCACAGCCGAAAAUACGAGUACUUUGUAAAUUGGGGUAAAAAAUUAGCUCAAUUAAAACGACAGUUACAAAAA